AUGGAUAAAAUUGUGGGAAAGAGGAGGAGUUAUUUGGCAAUGAAAACUGAUUCUGUAGCUGCUAAUGAAUUGAUCAGUUCUGAUUUGAAGGAAAUUGGGAAUGCUGUGAAAAAGCUUGCUAGUCAUGCUGGAAAGCUUGGUUCCCUUGGAUUUGGGACCAUAUUCCUCAAAUGGGUUGCUUCAUUUGCUGCAAUUUACUUGUUGAUCUUAGAUCGAACAAACUGGAAAACCAACAUUCUCACUUCCCUUUUAAUUCCUUACAUUUUCCUGUCUCUUCCUUCACUUAUAUUCAACUUGCUCAGGGGAGAAAUUGGGAAGUGGAUUGCUCUUAUUGCUGUCGUCCUCCGCCUUUUCUUCCCCAGGCGUUUUCCAGAUUGGCUAGAACUACCAGGAGCUUUGAUCCUUCUCAUUGUGGUGGCUCCGGGCUUUUUUGCUGACACCAUAAGGGACAGCUGGAUCGGUAUCUUGAUUUGUCUGGUCAUUGGCUGCUAUUUGCUGCAGGAACAUAUCCGAGCAUCAGGUGGGUUCAGGAAUUCAUUUACAAAGAGCAAUGGGAUUUCCAACACUAUCGGGAUAGUCAUUCUUUUGGUAUAUCCAGUUUGGGCACUCAUACUUUACUUUCUUUGA